AAUGAUUAUCAUACGUUAACACAUUUACACGGAAGUCGAACGUCCAUUUGAUCUUCUCUUCAAUUGUGGAGGCUUCUUUUCUUGUUGGGGAGAAAAAGGGAUCAGCAGCCUUCUCUCGCUUUAACACCUCAAGAGAAGAAACUCGGACACACACAGCAGCAUUACAGAAUGAUUAACACGAAGUACGGACACCUCGGUGACUUCAGGGCGUUGGUCGUCAUGCAACACUCUCUGCUCCUCUUUAUUUUGACAUAUUCUUGUGGAGGUCAUUCUCAGGUGAUUGGUUCGUCUCAGCCAAUAGUGGCAAUAGUUGGUGAUGAUGUAAUUUUGCCUUGUCAACUUGAGCCUGCUGUGGAUGCUCGUGAAAUGGCAGUGGAGUGGGCAAGACCUGACCUGAAGCCCAAGUAUGUCUUCUUAUGGCGAGACGGCACAGAGCUUCAACAGGACAAACAUCCGAUGUACAAGGGGAGAACAUCACUGUCUGAAGAAAAACUGAGGUGUGGAGACAUUUCACUGAAACUCACCGAGGUGAAACUCUCUGAUUCAGGAGCAUACAGAUGCAUUGUUCCUGCAACCAAAAAAGAAUAUGUAAUUAAGCUGACUGCAGGUUCUGUAUCUUUACCGACCAUGAGCAUUUCCAAAGCCAGCAGUGGAGUGGAUCUUCAAUGUAAAUCUGAAGGCUGGUAUCCAGAGCCUGAGGUGUUGUGGCUGGACGGUGAGGGAAACCUCCUCUCUGCUGGAUCUACAGAGAUCAUCAGAGGUCCCAAUGAUCUCUAUACUGUCAGCAGCAGAGUGACUGUGGAGAGGAGACACAACAACAUGUUCACCUGUAGAGUCACACAGAACAACAUCAACCAGACCAGAGAGACACUCAUACAUGUUUCAGAUGAGCUCUUCAUGGUCCAGUCUAGUUCUAUCGUCCGCAUCACCAUCUGUAUCAUUGUGUGCUUCGUGUCGAUCAUUGCAGUUGUUCUUGUUGUGAGGAAAUGUGGACAAAACAAGAAAAGCAAGAAGCACCAUGAGGGUGAGACUGACCUGGGAGAAAGAAAAAUGUUUGGACAUGACAUUGAACAUCAGCUUCUGUUGGAGAAAGAAGGAGACAGAGAUCAACCCAUGACUGGAAAUGAGAAGAUGAAGUUAUUAGAUAAUAUAAAGGCUAAACAAGAUGAGAAGUUAAAGAUGAAAGAGAAAGAACUGGAACAUGUACAACAGGUGAUUACAGCACUGACGGAGCAGAAGAAGGAUCUGAAGACACAGAGAGAGAAACUCAUCUCACUACAGCAGGGAGACAUGAUACUGAUAGAGAAGAACCUGAAGAUGCUGGAUGACACUUUUGCUUCAUUUAAAGACAGAAAGAAGAAUCUUGAAAAUACCAUAGAGUAUCUGGAGAACAGAAAGACAGUACAUGUUGAACUGUUAAAGAACAUAGAGAAACAGCUGGAGUCAACAGAUGCUUUGAUUAACACAAUGACUGAGAGGAAAGGGAAACUAGAGAAUGAUAAGGAAAAAAUUGAAAAGUACCUCAAAGAAACAGAGAGAAAGAGAGAAGAGCUUCAGAGAGAAGAGAUUCAGAGACAGAGAGAAGAGGUUCAGAAACAGGUUAGAGUACGCUUGGUUGAUUCAUUCUGGACUUUGACCCUGCAGCCUUCUCUCGCUUUAACACCUCAAGAGAAGAAACUCGGACACAAACAGCAGGUCUCCAGGAUGUGUCACAUGACUUUCUUCAUCACUUUCCUGCUUCUGCUACCACAAAGAUGUAAAGGUCUCCUUGAAGUAAUCGGUUCACCUCAACCAAUACUGGCAAUUGUUGGUGAUGACAUCAUUUUGCCAUGUCACCUAAGACCUGCCAUGGAUGUUGCUUCUAAGAUUGUGGAGUGGAUGAGACCAGACAUGAAACCAAGAUUUGUACAUGUGUGGUAUUCUGGUCAAGAUCUAGUACAUGCUCAACAUCCAUCCUAUAAGGGAAGAACAUCACUGUUUAUCAAUGAACUGAAGAAUGGAAAUGUUUCCCUGAAACUCUCCAAGGUGAGACUGUCUGAUAAGGGGAAAUACAGAUGCUUCCUUUCCUUGUCUGAUAUUCACUCUACUGUCGAGCUCGGCUUUGGUUCUGCGUCCUCACUGACCGUGAGCAUUUCCAAAGCCAGUAGUGGAGUGGAUCUUCAAUGUAAAUCUGAAGGCUGGUAUCCAGAGCCUGAGGUGUUGUGGCUGGACGGUGAGGGAAACCUCUUCUCUGCUGGAUCUACAGAGAUCAUCAGAGGUCCCAAUGAUCUCUAUACUGUCAGCAGCAGAGUGACUGUGGAGAGGAGACACAACAACAUGUUCACCUGUAGAGUCACACAGAACAAUAUCAACCAGACCAGAGAGACACACAUACAUGUUCCAGAUGAGCUCUUCAUGGUCCAGAUGGUCCAGUCUAGUUCUAUCAUCCGCAUCACCAUCUGUGUCAUUGUGUGCUUCAUGUCGAUCGUUGCAGUUGUUCUUGUUGUGAGGAAAUGUGGACAAAACAAGAAAAACAAGAAGCACCAUGAGGGUGAGACUGACCUGGGAGAAAGAAAAAUGUUCAGACAUGACAUUGAACAUCAGCUUCUGUUGGAGAAAGAAGGAGACGGAGAUCAACCCAUGACUGGAAAUAAGACGAUGAAGUUAUUAGAUAAUAUAAAGGCUAAACAAGAUGAAAAGUUAGAGGAGAAAGAGAAAGAACUGGAACUUGUACAACAGGCGAUUAAAACACUGACGAAGCAGAAGAAGGAUCUGAAGAUACAGAGAGAGAAACUCAUCUCACUACAGCAGGAAGACAUGGUACAGAUAGAGAAGAUCCUGAAGAAGCUGGACGAGAAGGCUACUGUAAAUGCAGAAAAAAAGAAGAAACAUGAAAAGACCAAAGAGGAUUUGAAAAAGAGAAAGACAGUACAUGAUGAACUGUUAAAUAACACAGAGACACAGCUGGAGUCAACAGAUGCUUUGAUUAAAACAAAGACUGAGAGGAAAGGGAAACUAGAGAAUGAUAAGGAACAAAUUGAAAAGAACCUCAAAGAAACAAAGAGGAAGAGAGAAGAGAUUCAGAAACAGAUUCAGAGAGAAGAGAUUCAGAGAAAGACAGAAGAGCUUCGGAGAAUGACAAAAGAGUUUCGGAGAAUGACAGAAGAGCUUCGGAGAAUGACAGAAGAGCUUCGGAGAAUGACAGAAGAGCUUCGGAGAAAGAAAGAAGAGCUUCGGAGAAUGACAGAAGAGCUUCAGAGAAAGACAGAAGAGCUUCAGAGAAAGACAGAAGAGCUUCAGAGAAUGACAGAAGAGCUUCGGAGAAUGACAAAAGAGCUUCGGAGAAAGAAAGAAGAGCUUCGGAGAAUGACAGAAGAGCAUCAGAGAAAGACAGAAGAGCUUCGGAGAAAGAAAGAAGAGCUUCAGAGAAAGAAAGAGGUUUAG